GGAGCACACUGCGACGUGCACGUUGAGAUGGUGCACGUUUCGGUAGUGGUCAUAGAUCCGGGUACGGACGGGUAGCAGUAGGGGGGGAAAAACUGAACGUUACUGGCUCACUGGGACCCUCGAAUGGAACGGAAUAUUUAGAAGAAAACGGCCAUUCCAAGUGAAAAUGUCCAAGCUUUGAGUUAUAUUUUGCUGUCCUUCCUGUCUGGUUAAUUUUCUCACGUUAUGGUUUCCAUUUUUAAAGCUGCUAAAAACUUUUUUUUUUCUCAAUUAGUUUUGGGAUUUGGCGUUUUUUGGGAAGCCCCUCUCAUCCCCUCGGUCCUGGUUCUGGUGAGCGUGAGAUGACGAGGGGCCUGCGAGCGUGAGGCCAUGGGCUGCACCUCGGCCAAGCAGGUGUCGGCCGUGCCCAGCGACGAGGAGGGACACGGCAAGGCCUACGGCAACGGAGACCUCUUCACCGACGAAUACAAGAUGAAGGGAGUGGAGGAGGUGAAGUACAUGAGAGGGGAAGAUAACCGGGUGAACGCACGCAACCAGGAGAACCUGGAGAAGAGCAAUGUGCAGUACAGGGGCAAACCGCAGAAAGAGGUCUCUUCGGGAAACAUCAAGUCCAACAUUCACACGUCAGAGAGCCAGCAGGAAUUUUUCAAGAUGCUGGAUGAGAAGAUUGAGAAGGGACGAGACUACUGUUCGGAGGAAGAGGAGGAGGAAGAGGAGGAGGGGGAGAAGGAAGACGGGACAUAGCACAGAGGCCCCCCGAGAUUCACCCUCACAGAGGGCCUCACAACGUGCGUGCGUGUGCGUGUGUGUGUGUGUGUUGAUGCGUGUGUGCCUGCUGAAACAGUGUUUUACCAAUGGGGCUGUUGGUAGGAGCGUGCGUGUGUUUUCGAGCGUAUGGCAAAGAUAGUAUUUUAAUCGAAAGUGGAAGAGUAGUGUGUGAGCAGGCGAGCGAGAGAGAGAGAGAGAGAAAAUGGGAUGAAGAGCACUUUUCUUCAGAGGCCACAGCCCUCCCCGUCCCUUCAGGGCCCCCCCCCCGAGCGGACAGAUGGAGGUGGCGGAGCGAUGGAGGCGCAGACGGAUGAAAGGAGGGGAGCGAUGGCGGAGGACUUGACGAGGAGGCAACUGAGCCGCCGCAGACUUGAGUGAUUCCAUUCGAGCAGGACGGCGGCGGCGGCUCCUCCGUCCCUCCGUCUGUCCCUCUGUCUCCAUCCGGCUGCACCUGCCUGAAUAUUUAACCCGUGCAACAGGACAGAGGGACUCCUGAAUAUGGAGCUCCCCUUUACGGACAAAUGUCCCCCGGACUGGGAAGGUGAAGGUGGUGGAAAGCGGAGGAGCUGCUUCACUCCGCCAGGAACUGUUUGGCCUUGUCCAGCCACAGCCGGGUCACCUGGGCCAUGAGGGGCGGAGACAAAAGAGUGAAAAAUGUGUGAUAUUUUAAUAAGAGAGAGUAAGGGGCAAGCCAGUGAUUUAGAAACUCUAAACUACUUUGCCUUCUGAUGUCAAGGACCUUUUAUUUUUUAUUAUUUUUCGCAGCUACAUGUUUUUGUUUUUCCUGAUAUUCUUUUCUUCAGUUUGUUUGCCUUCCUUUUGUAGUGCAGCAUCAUUUUCAUCAUCAAGACCAACAAUCCCAUCCUCAUCCUCACCACAGCAGGCAGACCCCCUCCCCCCCCCCCCCGCCUCCCCCCGUUCAUACAUACAGUAGCACUGUGGAUCAAAGCCGACAUACACACACACACACAUGUACAUGGAGACUUUUAUUGUACACGUCGUAGUAACACACACUCAUUGCAACACAUCUCAGAAAGAACAGAUAAACACACACCCACACACACACACCUUUCAUUUCCCCAGCAAAUGGCCAUCUGCAUCAUAAAGCUCUAUUCCUGCUUUGAUUCAGUGUUCUCACACACACACACACACACACACACAAAUAAGAAAACGGGACUGAGCUCAAGGGGAGGAUGCGUCGUCACUUUUUUCCAUUUUUUUUGGGGUCAUCUCUACCAGAUACUUCCUGUUUUAUUUUUAAUACUUUUUUUCUUUUUUCUAUUGAAAAUAAAAUGAAAGAAGCUCUUA